GUGUGAGUGUGUCAGACACACACCGACACAGACACACACACAGGAGUGUGAGCAGAUUUAUUGGAUUAUUGAUUUCUGGAGACUGAAGAUCAGAAGGAGAGGAGGCUUCACCUCAGCACGUUUCCACUGCAGUCUGCAGUUUGGAUGCUGAAAGACUUGGAGGUCAAAGGAAGUCCAGACGGAGCCGGGUUUGGUCCAGCUCUCUAACAACGACUGGGCAGGUGCUGGCAGCAGAAGGACAGACCAGAGGACAGGGACAUGAUGGAGCUGAGCGAGUGUGCAAUGCCGUUCCUGGAGGGAGAUCCAGGCCGAGCGGAGACCGGCGGCAGCAGGAAGGGGGAGCCUCUGUGCCACUCUGCCAGCCCCACCAGGAGCUCCUUCCAUCGGGCUCCCUCCAGCCCCCGCUCCGCUCCAGCCAGGACCAGCAGCUCCAGGAUGAGUCCCAGCUCCUCAAAAACCAUCUUUCCCUUCCAGACUGGUCCCCCUCAGCAGGACUCACCGCCCAAGUCUCCGCGCAGGCUGAGCUUCAGUGGGAUCUUCAGGUCGGCCUCCAGGGAUUCAAACCAUCAACCCUCGUCCUCCCCCGUCAGCAUCAAACUGUUCACACGCAACAAGAGCAACAAGGCCAGAGCCCACAGCCUUUGCUCCCCUCCUGCUCCCCCUGCUCCCCCUCCUCGUCAGGAGGAGGUGAGUGUUUUCCAUCUGGAGACGUACCUGACUGAGCCGAGGCGUCCGGAGACCAGGAGGCUGCGCUCCUUCUCCUCACCUCCUGACACCGGGCAGGUCUCCUCCCCCUCCUGCUGCCAGCCGCCUCCCCUGGCUCCGCCUCUUCCUGUCGGGAGGCUGGUGGAGGUCGCAGACGGCAUGUCGGAGCAGCCGGACCCCGAUGAUGCCGCGUCGGAGGAGUCGGAGAGAGACAUCUACAUGCGCUUCAUGAAGUGUCACAAGUGUUACGACAUCAUCCCCACCAGCUCCAAACUGGUGGUGUUCGACACCACGCUGCAGGUGAAGAAAGCGUUCUUUGCUCUGGUGGCAAACGGAGUGAGAGCUGCUCCACUGUGGGAGAGCAAGAAGCAGAGCUUCGUAGGAAUGUUGACCAUCACAGAUUUCAUCAACAUCCUGACCAGAUACUACAAAUCCCCCAUGGUCCAGAUCUACGAGCUGGAGGAGCAUAAAAUCGAGACGUGGAGAGAGCUGUACCUGCAGGAGACCUUCAAACCCCUGGUCCACAUCUCACCUGACGCCAGCAUAUUUGAAGCGGUGUACUCUCUGAUAAAGAAUAAGAUCCAUCGUCUUCCUGUCAUCGACCCGGUCAGUGGGAACGCUCUCUACAUCCUGACACACAAGAGGAUCCUCAAGUUCCUGCAGCUAUUUGUGUGUGAGAUGCCCAUGCCGGCCUUCAUGAAGCAGACCCUGGAGGAGCUCGGCGUGGGGACGUACGCCAACAUCGCCUACAUCCACCCUGACACGCCGCUCAUCACCGCGCUGUCCGUGUUCACGCACCGCCGUGUCUCCGCCCUGCCCGUCGUCGAUCACCACGGUAAAGUGGUGGAUAUCUACUCCAAGUUUGACGUCAUUAACCUGGCAGCAGAGAAGACCUACAACAACCUGGACGUGACGGUCACUCAGGCCCUCAGGCACAGAUCCCAGUACUUUGAAGGAGUCAUGAAGUGCAACAAACUGGAAACACUGGAGACCAUCGUGGACCGCAUCGUGAAGGCCGAGGUUCACAGGCUGGUAGUAGUUGAUGAGGAGUCUCAUAUCGUCGGCAUCGUCUCUCUGUCCGACAUCCUGCAGGCGCUCGUACUAACCCCCGCAGGUCUGGGGAGGAAGGAGUCUCUCCCCUCUCAGCACACAGCUUUGGACUCAACGGGACCAGAGACAGGAUGUAAAACUGGACUGGACCAGGACCAGGACCAUGUUCGGUGCCAAGUGCUGGAGCUUUGUACAGAGACAGGGACACAAGUCAAACCUGAACCAGAUCAAGACCAGGAGCCAGGCAAAGGAACAGAGACACAGAUAGGCUGCAGGGACGCUGACACUGCAGAGACCUGCCAACAGGGGGAGACAGAGAGGGAGGGGGAGAUAGAGACAGAGACAGACAAUGGAGAGAAGGAGGAAGGACAGGUGAACGAGAGGGAGGAAGAGGAGACUGGUGACGGCCUCCAGAUGAACCGUGAUGACAGUGAAGGCAUCACGGUUCAUCUGGACGAGUCUGCAGAGGGACUGACGUGUUUCCAUGGAGAUGAACCGAGUCCUGAGUGA